GCGAUUGCGCGUCAGCCCUCAUUGGCUGUCGGUGAUAAUCGGUCAACAAGCGGUCCGGGGGAAGGCAGGAGGGUACAGGGCAGCAUGUUUACAGACACUUACAGUCCUGAUCAGUUGUUCUGAACGACUCAGCCGCUGUAUUUAUUUUCUUUUCUUUUUAUAUUUCUCCGGAGACACGGAGCUGGUUUCAGGGCGGACAAUGUUUCUGUGUCGCACAGGGAGGUUGCCUGCAGCAGCGGCUCUGGAUCAGGCUUUCAAGUCAACGGGCUCGUUUCUAGUGCAAGUUAAAGCAAACAGACUGAGGGACGUCACUUUGACAUUACGUAAGGACUACAUGUCUCAGGGACGCCGGUGUUUCUGUGUCUCCGUCCACGAUUCAACUCGUGCGCACCUGAAGAAACAACAACCGGACCCGCAACCCGUCCAGAACUGGGACACCUCGUCUGGUUUUGUAAUUUCGGACUGGGUACAUCCAUCCAAAAAGGCGCAAAGUGACGCCAGUAAAUCUGAUAUCAUCAGACAGCUGCUUCAUGCAAACACAUGCUACAGCAAUAGAGGGGAGCUCCCGGUGGGUGAUGUUUUGUUUACAGGUAACUGGAGGGUUUCCAGCCGACACUGCUCCACCAGGACCAUGCACACCACUGCCACAUCCACGAAGAAGCGCGACACCGGCGAAGAGCAGACGGCCGACAACAACAAAGGGGAGGAACAGCAUUUAAAAGAUGCCUCUAUGACUUCCUCAUCUACUGCAAAUGCCCCAGGGGAGCCAGAGCCAGAGGGAGGAAAACUCAACAAGACCCAGCAACUAAAGAAAGUCUUCAAAGAGUAUGGAGCAGUUGGAGUUUCCUUUCAUAUCUGCAUCUCCCUCAUGUCUCUGGGAAUGUUCUACCUCCUUAUAUCUAGUGGGAUCGAUAUGGCGGCCGUGCUUUGCAAAGUGGGCUUCAGUGAGGCGGUCGUUCGGUCUAAAAUGGCAGCAGGGACGAGCACAUUUGUCUUGGCCUACGCCAUCCACAAGCUCUUCGCUCCAGCUCGCAUCAGCAUCACUCUGGUGUCGGUGCCUCUCAUCGUGCGCUACUUCAGAAAGACUGGUCUCUUUAAACCACCCACACCUGCACCCUGAUGACUCUGCUCUACUCCUCCACUGCCUCAUUAGGCUACAAACACCCUGACUGUUAAUGGAGAUAAUUAUCCUUACUCACUUUCCUUCUUGUAGAAAUGCCUCAUCUUUUCUCAGUUGUCGUUGUCGUGAAUUCAGGUGAAACGUUUCCUACAUUAGAUCCAGUUGUAGAAGAAAUCAAAGUGUUCAAUUGUGUUGCUGUAGGAUUUAAAAAGUCCAAAGUGUAAAAAUGUAUUUGAAGUCAUGCCUUAAUAUAUAUGCAUUCCAAAAACCAGAAACAAAAGCUCAAAUUUAUUUACAAUCAGAAGUAUCAUCAGGGAUUUUAAGGUUUUCGUCCGAAGCUCUUUCAGUAGGCAGGUUUGUCUCUUAAUGCUGUGAAGGUUCCCUGUGGGGACAAAUAGAAAAAGCUGAUCUCUCCACUGUUUGCUGUUAGCUGACUAGGCCAUGUUCUGGUGUUAUGUGAAUCAGCAGAAUAAUUCAAGUUCUGUCUCCUCUCUCCCUCCUUACUUAGCUCAGACUCUCUCUCCCACUCUCCAUUUUCUGCUGUUGUUUUUGCUUUCCCUAUUCUUCUUCUCAGCAUCUCUCCUGGCAUCCAUUUUCCUUCCCUUAUAUUGCUUUGCUGUUCCUCUCCUCUUUUUUUUCUCAGUCUUCUCUCUCUCUCUUGUUCUUUGCAAAUGCCACUGCCCAAGCGGUAAUUUAAAGCACAUUAAUCUCAGAGUGAAGCUGA